GCGCGGAGAGAGCUCCCGGGACGCGAUGCCUCCGGCCGGCGGCCCCCGCACGCCGCGCCCGCACGCGCUGCCCCGCAGCCUGUCCCGCCUGCGCGAGUGCCCGGGUCGUUCCCGCAUCGUACUGGCUCUCGGGGCCACGCAGAUGGCGCUCGGAUGCCUCAUCGUGGCCGUGAGCUUCGCGGCGCUGGCGCUCACCACCUCGGCCCGCGUGCGCCACUCCUGCCCUUUCUGGGCCGGCUUCUCGGUGCUGUUGUCUGGACUCAUUGGUGUUGUCUCCUGGAAGAGGCCUCUGUCACUUGUGAUCACCUUCUUCAUGCUGCUAUCUGCAGUGUGUGUGAUGCUCAACCUGGCUGGCUCCAUCCUCUCCUGCCAGAACGCCCAGCUCGUCAGCUCCCUAGAAGGCUGCCAAUUGAUCAAGUUCGACAGCGUGGAGGUGUGUGUGUGCUGUGAGCUGCAGCACCACUCGUCCGGAUGCAGCAACCUCGGGGAGACGCUGAAGCUGAACCCCCUGCAGGAGAACUGUAAUGCUGUGAGGCUGACCUUGAAGGACCUCCUCUUCAGCGUAUGCGCCCUCAAUGUCCUCUCCACCAUCGUGUGCGCAUUGGCCACGGCCAUGUGCUGCAUGCAGAUGGUCUCUGCCGAUGUCCUGCAGAUGUUCUUCCCACAGAGGUCUCACUCCGCCAGUACUGCCUGUAUGACUCCCCACGGCACCAUUCUCCACCAGACCCUGGACUUUGAUGAAUUCAUUGCCCCCCUCCCGCCUCCGCCCUACUACCCUCCAGAAUACUCCUGCACGCCCACAGCAGAGGCCCACAGGGGCCUCCACCUGGACUUCGCUUCCUCUCCGUUCAGCACCCUGUACGAUGUGGCCAUCAACAGCCCUGGCAUGCUCUACCCUGCCGAGCUGCCCCCACCCUAUGAGGCUGUGGUCGGACAGACCCCCACCAGCCAGGUUGCAAGUGUUGAUCACCAGGUGAUUGACUCCAGUUCCGGGGACCCAAACACUGCUGCCGACUUCAGCACACCAGUGCCUGCCAGUAGCACGAGUCUCCCGACAUCAGAGGGUGCCACCUCACCGGGUCCAAGCCACCCAUCCCCUGAUGGCACUUUAGACACCCCGCCACCCCUUCUACCUGCUCCAGUUCCUCACCACAUGUCUCCAGAGGCAACCAGCUUGAGCACACAGGAGCAGCCAAGCCCAGGGCGUGUGGCCCGCUCAGCCAGCGACCCCACCUCCUGCACAUCUGGUAAAGCAGUCUCCACAUCAUGCCCAGCUGUGGCUGCCUGUCAGCACCAGCCCUCUUCAACUGGCGACCCAGACACCUGGAAAACGGACCAAGGGAACAAGCCAGGGACCUUACAGACCGUCUCCAAAGAGCGGCCGCACUCCUUAGUGGAGAGCAAGGCCUAUGCAGACACCAGGGUUUUGGUGGCUAAGUUUUUGGAACACUCACACUGCAGCCUCCCCUCGGAGGUGCGACACGUGGUGAGCACCAUCCGCUCAACGGCCCCCUCGGAGGAGCCCAGGGUGGAGGAGGCCAUCUUUGGUGCUGGCGUCCUGGACCAGCUUUGAAGCAGCUACCGGCCUGGAUGUGGACACUGAUGGGACCAGUGCCUGCAAGGUUCAGCCCUGAGGGAUACCACCACGCUUGAUAGAGAGAGCCCACUGGCCUGCUGGGCCAAGAGCAUCCAGGGGGUUCUCUGGUGGCCUGGGCAGAGAACUGUAACUAUUUCUCCCAUCAGUUGUCUUCCUGGGGACUGACUGUCCCCUGUCCCACCAACAAACAUCUCAGAGAUGUCUCUCUCUUCCCUUAGCGAGCUCUGGUUGCUUCAGGGGUAUAGCACCUUGAACUGAAGAAUGUGACAGGAAUACCAAUCCAGGGACAGGUGACACUUGUGGAACAUAAGGACACUGCAUCUGUUCUAAGUCAAGGCCUUUAACACAAAAUUCUCCUCAGUGCCCUGUUUCAGUUCAGUGUUAAGUGAGUAGAGGGUAGCAGCGGCAGGGGAGCCAUGUGGCCGGUAUUGCUCUGCAAUGAAACCUUUAUCAAAUUCAGACCAUUCGCUUCCUGUCAAAAGAAGGAGGUGAUUGCAGCACAGCCUGAGACUACCUUUUUGCCCACUGGGCUAACGUGCAAAUAAAUCCACAAUGAAAGCUCUUCCUAGGCACCCGUGGGAAGCAAGCAGUUGAAUGCCCACCUCCUUGUGUCCCGGGCCUCCUCACUAGGCCUCUGUAUGUGGACUGUUAUUCCUACUUCCUCCCGGGCCCCUCCCCAAUGCUCUCCCAUCUUCCAACCACAGCUAAUAAUAGUUGCUACUUGUGUCUUAGCCAAAAUGCUCCCCUCCUUAUAUAAGCCCUGGAGGGCUUCCCCUUGUAUCUGAGCUCACCCAGUGGUGAGGAAGUCCGGGUGAGGAAGCUGUGGUCUCUGCUCUGUGUGCACCUUCAGCUAAGGUAUGCCUCUCCCUUCUCAACUCACUAGGCACACCUACACUGAAGGAUGCAGGAGGCCAGCCAUUUUAUUUCUGAGAGAAGGCCAGUGGUGGAACAUGCAGGAGCAAGGCAAAUCCAGGUGGGGCACCACAGGCGGCCUUGGGCGAAAUGGCCACCCCAGACUUUCUUGGCUGGUCAGACCUCACUUUCUAGCCAGAUCGACAGCAACCACUUCUCCGCAGUGGGUUUGGAGCAGCACUGCCUGUAAGAACUUCCUGCAGAAAUGGAAAUGCAUGUGAGAUCACUGGACCCCAGCUGGCCCAUGGGCCUCAGAAUAGGCACAGGAGCUGUAAGUCUAUGGGAAGUGCCAGGGUGGGCCUCCAGAGUGUGCCCACCACGUUCAGUGUCCAGCUGGCAGGCUUAGGCCACUCUUCUCUCUGUUCCGCCUGCCCUUGCCUGUCCUUCAGCCUUUACUCCUCCACACCAGCCCCGAACUCCCUGUAGCUAGUAUGUUGAGGACCUCUGUGUGUUUGGAAACUGUGGGAAACUCCCAGUGGCGGUCAGCUGUCCACGCCCUGAUGGCUUUCACAUUGCCGUAAGUUGUUGCCUUUCUGUGGUUAGAAAGCUGGAAAGUAUAACCCAGGCAUUUGGCAGCAUCCUUGCCUCUUCCUCGGGAGAUGUGGAGAGAUGAAAUUCUGAGCACUUUAUUCAGACUAUAAAAUUCUCUAAUUUUCCUCCAAGUGAGGACUUUGAAAAUCCCCAGAGUCGAUCCCUUACAUGUAGAAUGGCCUCCCUGAGCCUCUAAGCAUGAAAUACUCUCAUAGCUUGGGACUGGGUGCUGGGCAUUUCCAUCACCUCAAAGAUGACGGAAAGCGAGGCAGCUGGGUGUCACCUGAUUGGAGGGUCCAUGCUGGGCGUAAACACUUGUGGAUCUCAGAACAAGCUGUGGCUCAAGAGAAGCCAGGACCCCUACCCGACUGACCCAAGCCCUGGGGUAUUCCCAUGGUGCGGCCAGGGUGACCGGUGUCCGCACACAGUACAGGCCUCUGUGGCCCUCACGCUGCUUCUCUGCAGCAGACUCUCAUCUGUCAUGUGACACGCCUGCCUCAAGCUGCACCUCCCCUUAGGUGCCGACCACCACCACCACCCGGAAGGCCUGAGUCCCAGACAUUCUCAAGAAGGCGGUAUGCACAAAACACUCUAGCCUGGUUAUGAGAAGGCUCUUUUUAACAGGUUUAUAUUAUAGAUAAAGAAACUAAAGCAAUUCAUGCCACGGCUGGGCAAGAACCUCUGCCUCCCAAAGCCAGGCUGUCAGGUGACAGGUCAGUCUCUGUUCACCUUUUCAGGGCCCUGGGUGGCCCAUGUGGGCACUAGAAAUGCCCAAGCACCAGGAUUCCAGGGAGUCAGAGGUUUUGGUUACAGACACUAGACAGUGUUCUUGCAAUCUGACUAGUCUCUUCUGGGUCUCUUGGCUCUGCCUCAGUGGUGAGAUAGUACUAGGAACCCCAGGCAGAAUGUGGGUCCCCUGCUGAAGCAGAAACUGCCUUCCUCCCCACUGCUUGCACACCCUUCCGUUUUGGAAGGCUUGGCCCUGCUCCUUUUGCUGAGAGCUGACCUGGGCCCAACAGUGAUCAUUUGGGAGGGGAUUGCUCUCAUUCCGGGCUUGCCAGGCCCUGGGCCCCCAGCCAAAAAACAAAUGCCAGCACCUUCUAGAACAUCCUUCAACUCUGCUGGGGGCAGGAAGAUGCUGAUGCGAACCCACUGUGGGCAGCAAUUCCACUGUAAGGUGGAUGGCUCCAUGUCAAGGACUUAAGGUCUCCUUCCCAGGGAAGCCAUGAUAAAAUUUGAAAUGCUUGCAGCCAACCCUGGAACAGAAAGCUCAUUUUGGAUCUUCUUCCCCAUCUCCACCCCCAUCCCCAACCCCUUCUGCUGCAUUAGCUCCCAGAUGCCGCUGAGGCAGAAUUUAUAGGAAAUCGUUUUCAGGCCACCAGAGACCUGUUUGUACAACUUGAAAGGUUGUAUUUAUUUAAUGUACCUCAAGGUGUUUUAAUAAUGAUCAGUGUUUUAAUAAAAAGUAUUU